AUGGACACCUUCAAAUCAGUCUUCUUCAAGCCGGAUCCAAAGGAACAGAAACGAAAAUGCGAUGCUCUAAUCCGCAAGAGCCGGCGACAGAUCGAUCGCCAAAUCCAAGAUCAAACGAAUGCGAAAAGAAAAGCAGAAGCACAGAUCCGAUCAGACUUCAAGCGGGCGGAGAGGAAUCCAGCACAGCGAAAGCAAGCACUCCAGUCGGUGAGACAACUCGCGAAAGAGUGUGGCGGUGUGGGAAAGAGCAUCAACCGCCUCAACACCAAUAAAGCACAAUUGAACAGCAUAGAGAUGCAAGUCAACGAGACCUUUGCGCUCAAGAAGAUUCAGAUGAGCUUGAAAGACAGCACGACGGUCAUGAAGAACGUCAACACCCUUAUCAGAUUACCCGAGCUCUCCGGAACGAUGAAUGAGCUUAGCCAGGAGUUGAUGAAAGCCGGCAUUAUAGAAGAAAUGGUCGGCGAUAUGCUUCCAGGCGAAGAACUAGAAGAAGAUGGUCUAGAUGAGAGCGAAGCCGAGAUCAACAAGAUCAUAGCUGAUGCUCUGGGCAAGGACAAAGAGAAGUACCUUGGACAGGCCGAGGAGGCCUUUCCCGAAGCCCCAGAUCAGAUCGAAGAGCCAUCGACAGCGGUAUCAGAGCAGGAUCUUGCCAGUAUGCGCUCGAAGCUUGAAGCAUUACGAAGUUGA